AUGGCUGACAAAUCUGACAACUCUCAGAAGUCCCCGGUCACCCCAAUAUACAUUCUCCGGGGACAUGUUGCCCCGAUACAUGCUCUGAAUAUCUUAUCCGGAAACCUACGGCUUAUUUCUGGGGAUGCUGAUGGCUGGGUCGUCAUCUGGGACCUGGUUACCAAACGACCAGUGGCUGUGUGGAAAGCCCACGAGGGGGCUGUUCUUGAAGUGAAAGGACUUUAUAAUGAUACAGGAUCAAUAGAGCUCUAUACGCAUGGUCGUGACCACAAACUUUGCGUUUGGAAACUCCGAACAGAAGACGAAUCAUUUCUGGACAAAACCCUUCCAGUCGAUAUAUCGGGGUCCGUCAACCUGGAUCAAGGGACUAAGCCUUGGCUGCUUCACUCCCUUCCUGUGAAUGCACUCAACUUUUGCGCCUUCUCCAUGACCAUUGUUAGCGUGGCCGAAAAUCCAGAUCAAACAGAUAUUUGCCAACCAUCUGUUGAAAAACGCCGAAAUGUUCUUUUUGCAGUUCCUAAUGCUAUAGACUCCGGCGGAAUCGAUAUUUUUCAUCUCCCAUCCGAGCGCCGGCUUACCACAAUACAGUCAGACCCUUCCACAAAAACAGGAAUGUUAAUGGCUGUCAACCUCUUUUUACAACACGGAAACCUUUAUGUUGCAUCCGCUUUUGAAGAUGGACAUGUGGUACUUUUCAUGCAGAAGGGACCUUUUACCUUGACUAGCUUUGAAUCCGGCAACAUCACUUCUCAGUCCUGGAAGUGGGUCAAGGUCUACUCGAGUAGUCCUCACAGUCAGCCAGUUCUUUCCAUUGACACUGUCCCGACACUUGAUUACUUUAUUUCCUCAUCAGCCGACUCCUUAAUUACCAAGCAUCCGGUUCCCGUACUGAACUCUGCAGGAUACACCCAACCUGCCAAUUAUGCAGAAAAUACCCCCGUAAAGACAAUCAACACGAAGCACUCAGGCCAGCAAGGGCUGCGGAUACGAAGUGAUGGGAAGAUUUUUGCAACCGCUGGCUGGGACAGCAGAGUACGGGUAUACUCGAGCAAAACUAUGAAGGAGCUAGCUGUGCUCAAAUGGCACAAAGAAGGUUGUUAUGCCGUGGCUUUUGGACAAGUUCUUCCAGGUACUCGGUCAGAGCCUUCCUCGACUCAGUCUGAAAAAUCGGAAAGCUGGAGAAGUACUCCUGGGACAGACCGACAUUCGGCGGAAAAGUCACUGGCGGCUGUUCAUCUCCAGCGGAACAAAAAAAUACAGCAGACUCAUUGGCUAGCGGCUGGCUCCAAGGACGGGAAGGUCUCAUUAUGGGAUAUUUACUAA